AUGCUGGAUGCAGAAACACUCAAGGCCCUCGAGGUUGCGAAACAGGCCGACCUGGGGCUGCGCAAGAAGCGAAUGGGCAGCGAGAGCGUUGCUUCACCAGUCGACUCCAAGACUGCCCUUGCCCCUUCCAAAAAGCGUCCUGCUCCAUCAUCAGCUUCAGCACCCAAGAAGAAGGGAACCGCAAAAGCUGUCAAGCCUUCCAAAAAACGAAAGAUCGACCCCGACGACGACGCUGCCGCCCGCUCGGUUACACCCUCCGCGCGACCUCCCAAAUCUGCUACAAGCAAGACCAUGAAGAAAGGCUCACAAGCCGGUACUCCCGCUCUCGAGUCCUCUCCCGCACCGGAUAACUCUUCUCAAGUGGCGGCAUCCGAUGAUGACGGCGACUCCUCCGAAGACCACAACCUCUACUGCAUAUGCAAGAAGCCUGACAACCAUAAGUGGAUGAUAGGCUGUGACGGUGGCUGCGACGACUGGUUCCACGGCGACUGCGUAAAUAUGAAACAGGCUGAUGAAGGUCUCGUCGAUAAGUUCAUCUGCCCAAUGUGCGAGGAGAAUGGCCGGGGCCACACAACUUGGAAGCCCAUGUGCAGACGAGAUGGUUGUCGAAGGCCAGCUCGACUGGGUAAAGACCGCCAAAGUAAAUACUGCUCUGAAGAGUGUGGGACCCUCUUCAUGACGGAACAAUUACAACGCAACGCCGGCGCCAUGAAAGCAAAUGGCACAAGAGACAAGUCAAAAAAGAAGAAGAAAGCGGCCGAUGGUACAACAGCAGAAGAAGAAGAACCAACGCCCCUUGGCGGCACCCUCCGCUCAAAAGAUCUGAAAGCCCUCGUCGAUGCAUCCCCCAACAUUCAAACUUUCCGCAAUUUGGGCACAGGUGUGCUCUCACCCCCACAAACCGCGUCACCGACGCGCGCCACCUUCAACGGCAACGACGCUGGUCUCGCCCUCACAACAGGCGAGACAGAACGCCUAACCGCUCUACACAAGGAGAAAAGCCAACUUCAAGACCGGCUCGAGGUGCUCAAAGACCGCGAGAAAUUUGUCAGCAUGGCCAAAGAGCAAGCCCUCCGUGUCGCUGAGCGCGAGAAGAUCAAAACGAAGGAAUUCUGCGGCUACGAUUGUAGACUGAGCUGGAGCGAUGCCGAAUUUCUCCUCUGGCGCAAUAGACCGCACGGCAAGGCUAUGUGGACGCGGGUGCUGUGGUUGCCGUGGAAAAUGGCAAUGGCGAGAGUAGAGGAGUAA